AUUCAUUAUAUUAUAAAAACUAUAUAUAUGAGCCAUAUUUAAAGUAUAAGAAAAUGGAUGGCCCAAUCUAAUUACCUAAAAACAUCUUUGUCUAAAAUAAUCAUAAAACAAAAUUUAAAUUUUAUAUACAUAUUUCAAAUCAAAAUAUUAAUUUAAAAUUAAUUUAUAUCAAAAAGUUAUUCAAAAUAUACAUAUAUUGAAAAUUUGAUGUUACUAAAAUGUUUUUUUAUAACCAUUAUAAAAAUGUUUUAAAUAUAUUUAAGAAAAACACAAUCCAAAGCAAUUUCAAACACCAACGUAAAUUAUGAUUUUUAGAUUUCAUAUUAAGUUUUAAAAUAUAAUAUAUAUGAUUAUUUAUAUGAUGGUACGUAUAAAAUACUAUUAAUUAUAUGAUUACUUAUAUGAUGGUAGGUAAAAACACGAUUAAUUAUAUGAUGACAAAUAUAUGAUACUUAAUAGUGACAUGAAAAAAAAUAAACAACAUAUUUUUGCAAUAUUAUAUCUUCUAUCUUAUUAAAGUAGAAGUAGCUUUGGGAAUGUUUGGAAACAAGAAUAACAUAAUUAAAAAGAAAUAUAAUGUUGUUUGAAAAUAUGAAUAGCAUUAUAUUAAAAAAAAUAAUUGGCUUAUGUUAUUAAAAAAAAUUGAAGUCCACUAUAUUUUUAUAAAUUAUCUGUUUAGACCAGAUUUAAAAUAUACGAAAAUGACUCAAUCUAAUUAUUUUUUUGUGCAACUGGUCCAAUCUAAUUAACUAAAAACAUAUUUUGUCUAAAUUAAUCAUUAAACAAAAUUCAAAACAAAAAUUGAUUCAAAAAUAUACAUGUAUUCAAAAAUUGAUUUUUACUAAUUUAUUUUCCAAUAACCAUUAUAAAAUUGUUUUCAAUAUAUAUAUAUAAAAUACAAUACAAAGAAACUAAUAGAUUGAGUAAACCUUCUUUUUAAUUUUUUUAUGGACCACCAAAAAUAGAAUUAGAUAUACAAUACUAAAAAUACCUAUAAUAUUUGGGUUACAAUAUCAAAUAAACAAUAUAUAGGAAUGUAUUAAUAUUCCUUUAUUCGUAUUACAAAUACAAUAAUAGUCAAACAAUAAUAUAUAACGGAACCAUAAUUUUAAAAAUCCAACAAUUACCAAUUAGUUAUGAAUUUAUAAUGUUCUUAUAAAUUAAAAAGCAAACACCCGUGCGUAGUUAUUAUUAAUAUACUAACAAAAUUUUGGUUUGUGAACAUCAAUUUGUGUGCUACCGACUUAAUUUAACAACAGAUAAAAAAGACAGUUUGAGAGAGAGAGAAAAAACUCAGAGGGGCUCGGCGGUCGCCCGGUGCGUGAGCGUCCGUGCCGCCGCCGGAGCUCGUGUUUCUUUCAGAUAAAAUAAUCAGGUUCCGGCCUUCUCAUCGUCUCUGCCGGUUCCCGCCUGUCCGAGCUCUGGUCUGCCACCAACCGCUUCGGUUCUGGCCCUGGAGUAACGACGCGGUGGCUGAAAAGAUGACGCGGAGAAGACCUUAGUUUUCGGAAUAAUAUAUCCGGGAGGCGGAGGCUAUCGUAGAUCCGUCGCCGCCGGUCUUUUGUCUCCGUGGCGGGGAAGCUCUUUCAGGUCCGCCGUCAUCGGAUCUAGUCUCCGGGGGGUGAAGGCUUCUUCAGCCUUGCGUCGCCGGCUCGUGGCCCUUAAUCUUUAAGGUUUAGUUUAUUUCUUUUUUCUUCGGUCGGGCUUUAGUUAUGUUUGUUUCUGUGUGAUGGUGUGUUCGUCGGAGGAGAUGGAAGAGCUCCGGCGGAAAGAAUGAGGAUGUAUGCGAUUCCUCUGGCGGGUCCCGGCGGAUAAUGAUGAUGGAGGAGCUCUCGCUACGGCGAUUGAGCCUCUCCGGCUUGAGUGGCCCAAAGUUGGUUGAAAGUAAAGAGGAACGGAGCGAUGGAGCUCCGGUUUGGCCGUGUGAUCUGGUGGUUGGAUCUCCGGCGUCGACGAGUCGCGAUGGUAUGGCGCUGUCCUUGUGACACGUGUUCCCUCGCGGAUGAGGAUGGCAACACGUGUACAAGCGGCCAAAAGUGGGAUUAGAGAGGCGGCCGAAUGCAUCUCCGCUUGUUCUCUAGGGUUUUUUCGAGAUGGACCCGUAGGACUUAGCCCAUUAGAAAAAAUUGGAUGCCCUAAUAGUUGUUGGGCUUCUGUUAAAAUAUUGUACUGGGCUUGGCCCGUUUCUUUCAAAAUAUUAAAAACCUUUGACGGAAAAAAAAGAACAUCAAUUUGUGUGCUUUUAUUAGUUGAUAACUCAUUUUCAUUCUUAGAAAUAAGGAAACGACAAUUUUAGCUUUUAAGUUUGGAAUAUUAUUUUGGAAUAUAUCCCAAAACUGAAUAAAUUAUAAUCACUACAAGUUUUGGCAUCUUAAAAAAAAGAAUAAUUUGAAAAUAGCGAACAUGGUUGACAACAAAUAAUUUGAAAAUAAAUAUGAAAAAGAAAUUAAUAUAAGUGAUUUUAAGAAUAUUAAUGAAGAGGUAUUACUGUAAUUUAAGAUCCGACAUAUGCAUGUAUUGUCAGCGCGUGUCGGCCGUCGAAGUCGGCAACCCCCUUAACCUCUCCCUCCAAUACAAUUCGAACAUCUGUUUUGUUCUUAUAUUAGUAUUUGUUUUAAGUAACAUUAACCAUAUCGAACUUUAAUUAAUUAAUUAGCCAACUCUUUUAUUAUAACUAUAUUUCAUAACUAUUGUACGGUUUUCUGUAGAUUUUAAUGACUAUCAUAAACUCUCUUUUUUGUGCACAUGACUAUCAUAAACUCACAUGCAGAUUCAAACGUUCAAAUCUGCAGUUUUCUACAGCAACUGAGAAAUUCUAAAAUUAAAUCUCUUAAAACCGUUUUUAAAAGUAAAUUUCAAACUAAAAUCAAUACAUAAAGUUUAUAUAUAUUUAAUUGUUUUUUAACAAUCAGAUCUUAAGAAUACUUAUUAUCUAAGCAUAUCCAUCCAAAUUCUAACUAAUCAUUGUUACCAACAUUAAGAAAAAUACUUUCUCAAAAAAACAUUUAAGAAAAAUAACAGCAGACCAUCAUAUAUGUUUUAUUUUUAUUAGCUGCCACAUUUAAUAAGAAGAUAGGUAUCUGAGUAUUUAUAGUAUAAUAGCAUUAUCAGUGGAGAGGAAUUCAACCAAAAUCUCUCAAAUGUAUAUGUAAAUAUUUUUAUGUUUUAAUAUGGAUAUCUCAAAAUGAUGAAAGACCCAUUUUAAAAUCUUUUAUUUGAGAUAUUUUAAAUAUGUCUUUUAUAAUUUUGAGAUAUCUAUAUUAUAAUAUAAAUAUUUAUGCAUAUAUGUGAGCAAUUUGUUUAAAUAAUCUUUCAUUAAAAAUAUUUAAGAGUUUUUAUAGUACUUUAUAAUAAAAAUAGAAAAGGAGAGAAAAGAAUAAGAACUUUUCAUUUGAAAAUCUAUAUUGGGUAAAAGCCAUCUAAUCAGUUGUCAGAAUGUAAAUGGUUUAAAUUUAAUUAUUGAAUACAAUAUAUAAAAAUAAUAAUUUUAUAGUUGAGAAAUCCAGUUAGGAUAUUUCAGUGUUGGACGGGGUAUAAUCCGUUUUGAAAUAAAGAGUGUUCAGUUACAAUGUGAAUGUCGGUGAAAAAUGGACCUCUCGUUGUGCUGACCAUACUGUAGUUCGACCAAGAACCAAUGUGUCAAAAGCUAUUUAUUCUACAUCACAUAUUAUUAUCUUCACUCUACGACAAAAACAGAAGAAAAUCUAUCAAACUACAAAAAAAAGAGAGAAAUAUAUCUAUAAAGAAAUUUCAAAAUUCUAAUACAACAGGAAUAGGAACCUAAGUCAUUUCAAAAUUUCAAAGCUACAUUACAUUUAUUUUUCAAUAUUGACACUUCAUCUUGUAUAAAGACAAUUUUUUUGUAUCUAAACAACCAAACACCAUACCACAAUGAUUUAAAAGAAAUUAUGAGUAUCUUGAAGAAGCUGUUUCUUUUUGUGUGUUUAAUAAUUAGAAUGUCCCCUUAAUAAUACCGUUGCUAAUGCAAAUCUAAUAUUCAAAACCAUUUGAAAAAGAUACUAUAAUCGUUUUGAUUAAACAAUAAACAGAAUCUUUCUUUUCACUAAAAGAAUAAACUUAUAAAUUAUAAAACAAAUCUAUUGUGUGCACUCACAAGUUUAGGCUUUAUUGACUUCAGAAGAACUUCUCCAUCCUUUUCUUUCCACUUAACAUAAAAAAAAUUUCCUCUUCAAAAAAAAUUUCAAUCGGUAUUAGCCACAGCCAUAGCCAAAACUCCACCUCUCUGCUUGUUGGGAUCGAGAAGUUUGUCUUGAAAAUCUCGUAAACUGUUGUGUCAUACAGUCGUAGAAACUAACCAGAAACAGCAUCUCAAGAAGAAAUAAUAUUUAUACUAAUGCUCUUUUUUUGAUUGGUUUAUGAUCAACAUCUAUCGGAUGCAGAUCAAUGAUUCAUGAUUGUAUUGAAUCAUAAGCCUACAUAGAGCUAUUGUGAUAAAUAUAAACGGCGAGGAUAUUGAAACUAUGGAUGCUAAUGAAGUUGAAGAAAAUUUCUUUGCCCCUGGCGAUGCCAAGGUGCAUGGAGAAAUGUGCAAUGCCCUUUCAGUGAUCUACUGCAAGAUAAUGACUAUUUUCCCUUCUCUCGAAGAUGCUCGGCCGAGAAGCAAAUCUGGAAUUCAAGCUUUAUGUUCACUUCACGUAGUUUUAGAAAAAGUGAAGAACAUUCUACACCAUUGCACUGAAUCUAGUAAACUAUAUUUGGCUAUAACAGGAGAUUCAGUAGUUUUGAAAUUUGACAAGGCCAAAUCUUCUCUUACAGAUAGCCUUAGGCGUGUUGAAGACAUAGUCCAACAGUCCCUUGGCUCACAGAUUUUGGAGAUUUUGAUGGAACUAGAGAAUACUCAGUUCUCACUUGAUCCGUUAGAGAAAGAGAUCAGCGAUCAAAUCAUUGGACUGCUGCAACAAGGAGGCAACUUCGAAAGCUCAUCAGACAACAACGAACUUGAGGUUUUCCAUCAAGCUGCUACUAGACUAGGCAUCACAUCUUCAAGAGCAGCACUAACAGAGCGAAGAUGCCUCAAGAAACUCAUUGAGAGGGCACGUAUGGAAGAUGACAAGAGGAAAGAAUCAAUAGUGGCUUACCUUUUACAUCUCAUGAGAAAGUACUCAAAGCUAUUCAGAAGUGAGAUAUGGGAUGACAAUGAUUCACAAGGUAGUAGCUCAUUGCCUUGUUCACCGACCAUUCAGGGCUCUCUUGAUGAUCCACCUGGCCGUGCUUUCGACCGGCAGCUGUCAAAACUGAGUUCAUUCAACUUCAGACCUUGUAAUAACAACAGGAGAUCUUCAGUACAGAUGUCUGUUCCUCCAGAAGAACUGAGGUGUCCGAUAUCAUUACAGCUUAUGUAUGAUCCUGUUAUCAUCGCCUCUGGACAAACGUAUGAGAGAAUUUGUAUUGAGAAAUGGUUUAGUGAUGGACACAACACAUGUCCUAAAACUCAGCAGCAGCUCUCUCAUCUCUGCUUGACUCCUAACUACUGUGUCAAGGCUUUAAUCUCUAGUUGGUGUGGACAGAAUGGCGUUCAGGUACCUGAUGGACCUCCUGAGUCUCUAGAUCUUAACUACUGGAGGCUGGCAUUGUCUGUGUCCGAGUCCACCGACAACACAAGAACAGCCAAAGGUGUUGGUUCUUGUAAGUUUAAGGAUGUGAAGGUGUUUCCUCUGGAAGAAAGUGGAACUAUUAAAGAGGAAACAUAUGAAUCUGAAUACCAAGAAGCUGAAGUUACUCUUGCUGAACAGUGUACAGAGUUGUUGACCAAUUUGAGUGAAGUGGAUAACUUAAGGAAAAAGUGCAGAGUUGUUGAGCAAAUAAGAGUACUGCUAAAAGAUGAUGAAGAGGCCAGGAUCCUCAUGGGGGGAAAUGGUUGUGUGGAAGCUUUGCUUCUUUUUUUAGGAGCAGCUCUCCAUGAAAAAAAUGAUUCAGCUCAGAAAGUUGGAGCCAUGGCUCUCUUUAACUUGGCUGUGGACAACAACAGGAACAAGGAGUUGAUGCUAAUAUCAGGAAUCAUUCCUCUACUGGAGGAAAUGCUAUGUAACCCACAUUCACAUGGUUCAGUGACAGCACUUUAUCUGAACCUCUCUUGUCUUGACGAUGCAAAACCCAUCAUAGGUUCGAGUCUUGCAGUUCCCUUCAUGGUGAAUCUUCUUUGGACUGAGACUGAAACUCAAUGCAAAGUAGACGCCCUUCACGGUCUUUUUCACCUCUCCACCUACCCUCCAAACAUUCCUUGCCUUCUAUCAGCUGACAUCGUCAACGCUCUUCAAUCACUCACCAUCAGUGAUGACCAAAGAUGGACGGAGAAGUCCCUAGCUGUCUUGUUAAAUCUGGUUUUGAACGAGGCAGGAAAAGAGGAGAUGGUUUCAGUACCUGGACUUGUGAGCAACCUCGCCACUGUUCUUGACACUGGUGAACCAAAUGAGCAAGAACAAGCAGUUUCUUUGCUUCUAAUAUUAUGCAACCACAGUGAGGUUUGUAGCCAGAUGGUUUUACAAGAAGGUGUGAUACCUUCUUUGGUGUCUAUUUCUAUAAAUGGGACUCAACGAGGAAGAGAGAGGGCGCAGAAGCUGUUGACACUGUUCAGGGAACUGAGGCAGAGGGAUCAAACUCAUCUUACAACAGAACCGCAUGAAGAGGUGACACUGACAAGCCCUGAAGAGGGUGGAUUCACUGUCGCUGCAGCGGUUGUAACAGAGUCUAAACCGCAGUGUAAGUCAGCCUCAAGAAAGAAAAUGAGAAGAGCAUUUAGUUUUCUAUUGAAAACCAAGAGCUUCUCAGUUUACCAAUGUUGA